AUGACUAAGCCCCAACUGCCGCGCCGAAGGGCGUACAAGCCCAAGGUCCAAACCGGCUGUAUUCAGUGUAAAGGAGUUAGAAUGAAAUGUCCUGAGCAGCGACCAGCGUGCGCUCGCUGUCAGCGCUUGGGACUCGACUGCUGCUAUCUGCCGCCCAAAUCCAUGCAGGCUGCUCGCAAUGGUCGGAAUCAAAAGCGUGCAAGCAUGCGGCAGUUACUCCCUGCCACAGCAUCCAGGAUAGACAUGCUACCGUCUUCAUCGAUUCUAUCCCGGUGCAAUCUGCAGCCAGGCGGAGGCAUGUACCUCGAAUGUUUCCGCGCGCAAUUGGCCCUCAUGGAUCAAGAUCUCGACAUGACCGACUUCUGGCUCCACACCGUGCUCCGGGCCAGUCAUAGCGAUGACAGCGUCACAUAUGCCGUGAUCGCAAUCGGGGCCCUUGCACGCACGCGCAUGCAUUCAAACAGACCUAUCUUCCGUAAUCCGAAUCCGCCCAAUCAGGACGAGAUGACACAUUAUAACACCGCUGUCAUGUACUAUAACAAAGCCAUCAGCACUUUCCGCAGAUAUAUCGCCAGCUCCAAACCGGACGAUGCGGGUGUUCGUCGGACUAUACUUAUCAUAACUGUCCUUUUUGUUGUAUUUGAGAUCUUCCACGGUAACAAUCGAGCCGCUGACGCGCUGACAAGUACCGGCAUUCUUCUCCUCAGGGAUAAGAUGCUGCAUACUGUAACCACCAGUGGAAGUGCAUCAAAGUCAUCCCUAGCGGGCUCCAUUGAUGACCAAGGUAUCAUCGAAGCCGAGCUUUUCUUGGCCCGAUGCGCCGCUAUUUGUGCAAAGGCGUUCUACCUCGCUCCAUACGCGCAUGCGGACGGCGCGAAGGCCAUGUUGAUGAUUCCAAGCACUGACCUGAAUGUGCCGCCGCCGCCGGACGGCGAUGCUAGUAUCAAGACAUUCUCAUUUCAAUUUCUCAAUCUGCUGGCUGCUAUCCUCAUUUGGCAUACACGUGCUCGAGCGCAUCGACAAAUGGGCAUUCCGGUCGAUAGCCACCCGGAACUCUUACAGCAACAGAAAAAACUCCAGAUCCAGCUGCGGGAGUGGGUAAAGUCAUACGAAACGCAGCUGAAAAUGGGACAUAAAAGCAACAUCCUUCACUACUUUGAGCGGCAGCUCCUUCUUACCAAGCUGGCGCAUGUUAUCGUCUCAUGUGAGAUCGAUUACACGGGGAACCUCUGGGACGUCAUGGCGCCCGACUGCGCUGAGCUCACAGCCAAGUUCCGAGCUCACCUAAGUGCUGAGCUUGAUGACCAAUCAAUUCCCGAUGGCUCCUUGAUCUCUUUAGAGAAUACUUUUUCGUGGGGAAUCUUCCUCACAGCCGCUACGAAUCUAUCUGCGUCAUGCCGCGAUCGAAGCGUGCGACUUGCCUGGAUAGACAUGGCCGAAAAGGCUACCAAUUUGUCCUUUCUCAAACAUCUACGUGGCAACGUUAUUGCUACCGCUUUAUUUAUUAGAGCAGAGGAAGAGGGCAGGGAUGAGACAGGCGUGAUUCCACCAUCUUCACGGUACGAUCUAGAUACCGCCACUUGGAACGAAGACUCGGGACAGACAAUAGUGCCUCGUGAACGCGGCUAUGUGCCCAUGUUACCUUUGGUAGAGAAUUACACAGGCGCAACACAUAUCAUAUUAGCUGCCUUCCACAUCAACAGCCGGCCGGGCAACAUCACCCUCAAUGAUGACCCUCCGGACAGCCCCAUAUAUAGUUCGCUGUGGGAGGAAGUGCCUCAAAUUCAGCGGACUGGAAUUAAAGUGAUGGGGAUGCUAGGUGGUGCUGCACAGGGUAGCUUCCAGCGGCUGGAUGGUCUGCAGGAGGAGUUUGAGGCGUAUUACGCGCCGUUGCUAGCGAUUGUGCGAAGAUAUGGCCUUGAUGGAUUGGAUUUGGAUGUUGAAGAGGCCAUGUCACUGCGGGGGAUCGUUAGAUUGAUUGAUCGGCUCAAGGCUGAUUUGGGCGAUGCGUUCAUCAUCACUUUGGCGCCCGUUGCGGCUGCUCUGGUGGAUCUGGGGAAUCUGUCCGGUUUUAGUUAUCGGGAAUUAGAGCGCAGCAGAGGGUCUAAGAUUAGCUGGUAUAAUGCGCAGUUUUACAAUGGAUGGGGCCAGGCUGGGGACCCGCGGAUAUAUGCCACUAUCAUUUCUCGCGGAUGGCCACCCAGCAAAGUCCUUUUGGGACUGUUGACGAAUCCCGGAAACGGGAGCCAGGGAUAUGUCGCUUCAGAGGACAUUGGGCCUGUGAUUGCAUUUUUAACGUUGCAGUUUCCUGAUUUUGGGGGCGUCAUGGGCUGGGAGUAUUUCAAUGCGUUGCCGGGAGGGUUGGAGCAACCCUGGCAAUGGGCUGCUGAGAUGUCACUCAGUAUGGGGAUGGCACAGGUAUUGUCAACGGCGCAGAUGGUCGCCGGAAUGGGUGCGCUGAGAGAAGGAUUAAUGGGGUUCUUGAGUAAUAUCCAGAACCAGAACAGACAGCAGUGA